UGAAUCACUAACAAAAAUUGCAGAAGCAGAAAGAAGGAUUUUCCUUCAAUGGAGCUGGCUACUUUCCCUUCUCAAUAUUAUCACCUGAACCGACUAUACACACCAUUACCAUUACUUCUGUGUUGCAGAAUCAGAUCCAGGAAUAGACUAGUUCCAAAGUUCACACGAAGAACUAGUGGUAUUAUAAACACAAGUAGAAGAAAAUCAUCAUUCUUAACAGCAUCAGCAUCAGCAGCAGGAAUCCCACUUCCACCUUUGGAUUUGACCGAAGAAAACAUUCAACAAGUCUUAGCAGAUGCCCGUGUUGAGCUGGGACAACUGUUUGAUACAUCAGUUGGCAUAACAGGGGAAGCUGAAUUGGCAGAACUAGAUGGACCAUUUGUAAAGAUACGUCUGAAAGGUAGAUUUUGGCACAUGCGCUCUACUGUUGUUGCAAGAAUUGGUAAUUAUCUGAAGCAGAGGAUCCCUGAAAUCUUGGAGGUUGACAUAGAGGAGGAGAAACAACUAGAUGACAGCCCUGAAAAUUUUUGAGAACAUGUAAGAUGCUUGACAAGCUAACAGAACCUGCCUCAUCUUCAUCCUCUUACUCUAUAGAUGUUACAUGUUGUUGGGAGCACAAUAAAUCCAUCAAUGGGCAAAGAAGAUGACAUUUGGGUGCAAACUGCAUCAGAACAUACUUCAGUGAUUUUUGAAAUCGAAACUUCUUACCGAC